ACCUCCAGCAGUCGAUAGACAGAUAUAUAUGCAUACAACAGGUAGGAUCGAGAAUUAGAUUACAACCCAAGGUACAAAUUCAGCCGUGACUGAGCUGGCAGGUCGCAUAGGCCGCACAGCAUGAACUUUCUGCCUUAUCAUUCGGCCACGACCCCUUCCACGCCGACCUUGCAGCGUUCACGCACAACCACCGAGAAUGGGACCACCAGACCGUCUUCGAACCCGUUCUUUUCCCCUUCGCACGUCGGUCCUAGUACGCCAAGUUCAGCAGCACGGAAUCCUUACGACAACUCGUUCUCGCAAUUCACACCACGAAGCGGCGCAGCGAUAACGGCGUUGGCACCGAAUGAUUCCGGGCCAUUAGUGACCAGGUCGAGGACGCUCUUUUACCUGUCCGUCCGGGACUCUACUGGAUCUUCGAGCCGGUCACGGAAGUUCAAGAGACGACGGACUGGAUAUGGAGACGAACAUGGAGCUAGCAAUCUGCUGGGGGUCGAGGGAGAAGAGCGGGCCGGGCUUAUGGGCAAGGAAGAAAGUGGGAUAGGGAUGGAAGCGUACAACGAUAGCCCUGGUACAGGUCUACCACCGAAAUGGGUUGACAUCAUGGACGACGUCGAAGAGAUAAUGACCCGGGUGAAACAAAAGAUAUCUGCACUGGAGAAACUGCAUGCAAAGCACGUCCUACCUGGAUUCACGGACCGUACAGCGGAAGAACGGGAGAUCGAGAACAAUACCGUCGAUAUUACCAGGGACUUUCGAAAGAUACAUUCUCUCCUGACAAACAUCCGGCCCAGCUCGAACGCUCCUGACGAGAUGAAAGCCGCUCGGAACGUACAAAGAGGUCUAGCUGCAAAGGUGCAAGAUCUAAGUAGCGUGUUUAGGCGUAAACAGCGGGUUUAUAUGGAGACGCUUCAAGGACACGCGAACAAGAACAAGGGUCUGAUGACAGCAAGCGGGGCGAUCACGCUCAAGGGACCCGAGAUUUACGAUGAACUACAGGCCGAUAUCGACGCUUCCAACUCUCAGCUCACCCAGGCACAGACUCAAGUUCAACGAGCGGAUAUGAGCUCCCAGAUCGCUAAACGGGACCGCGAACUCACCCAGAUCGCGAAAUCCAUCUCGGAACUGGCCGACCUUUUCCAAGACCUUUCUAAUAUGGUCGUCGAACAAGGAACAGUGUUGGAUUGCGUGGAAUACAACGUGGAGCAGACGAACACGUAUGUCCAGGAGGCGGGGCAGGAAUUAAAGGUCGCCGAGAAUUAUCAGAGGCGGACGGGGAGGAGGAAAUGCAUCUGUUUCCUCAUACUGGUGAUCGUCGGUUUAGUGAUCGUCUUGAUCUACAAACCUCGAGGUCAUGCCAGUAGAACGGUCGGCACCCCGGUAUCCGCCGGAGGUCGACCACAGUUGGGAACAGGAGCGGUCGAUGUCGAUGCUGGCAUGCGGGAACCGGAAGUGGACCCCAUUCCGACUCCCACUCGUUACGAUCGUCCUGUACGGCCAUCGCGGAUCACGACAUUAGCAUCGGCGCUACCCUCAAUGGGAGGUAUACCAGGACAGGGUCGACCGCCGCCCAUCCGACCGCCAUCAAGACCGGGUGUACCGGUCAGACCGCCUAGACCACGGCCGAAACCUCAUCGACCCACGUCUAGUGUAGCAUUAGACUAGUCGAAGGGAUCGAGCUGUGUAGAUGGGCAUUAUAAUGGAUACAUCUGGAAACCGAGUGCUGGUCUCGAACGAGACUCCAGCUCCGUAUGGUAUUACGCUCGAUCUCGAGGCGAUUGCGCAGUUCGGUGAAAAUCUUUGCUUGGAGCGGCCUCAAGGACGAGCCCUUGCACGUGGAAGCGCUUGAUC